AUGGACUACCGCAAGCUGAAUGUGGCCACAAAGAAAUAUCAUUUCCCUCUACCAUUCAUCGACCAAAUGCUAGAGCGUCUAGCUGGGAAUGAUUUUUACUGCUUCUUGGAUGGUUAUUUCGGGUGCAACCAAAUUAUAAUAGCUCUAGAAGAUCAAGACAAGACCACAUUCACCUGCCCAUAUGGGACCUUCGCUUUUCGCCGUAUACCAUUUGGCCUCUACAAUGUGCCAAGCACGUUCCAAAGGUUUGAAAUGAAAUCUGUUAUGCUCCAAAUGCUCCAGACUGUUGGGCAAUUUGGAGGUAGCUGUGGCGAAGAUCCUAAUGCCCAUAUGAAGCGUUUCCUGGAAACGUGCAAUUCCUUUAUGAUUUCUGGAAUCACACCGGAGGCAAUCAGGCUCUUCUUGUUUCCCUAUUCUUUGCGAGACGACGCAAAGCAAUGGGUGAGUUCAUUAGAGCGUGGGGAAAUCACCACAUGGGAAAAGUUGGUGGAAAAGUUUAUGCAGAAAUACUUCCCACCUACCACCAACGCAAGGAGGCAUCGGGAAAUCAUGAACUUUGAAUAG